AUUCCGCUGUAAUUAUUAGCAAUAGCAAAUGUUAUCAGUAUUAAAUCGUGAGAUGGAGACGGACAUCGUUGACUCCCUGGAGGAUCUAGGGUAUCAAGGUCCUCUCCUGGAAGAUGGAGCUCUGGAGGCAGCUGUUAAAGGUGGAGCAGCUUCCCCUGAGUUCACCAAAGUCUGUGCCUGGAUCGUCUCCGAGCUCAGGCUCUACUGUAAACUGGAGGAGAACGUCCACGCCACCAACUGUCCCAGUGAGGCAGAGGGCUUCCAGCUUGAGAUGAGUGGUCUUCUGACUGAGCUGACCUGCCCCUACGCUGUCCUCACCUCUGGAGAUGUCUCCCAGAGACUGCUUAACAAGACCAACUGCUGCCUCCUGCUCACAUUCCUGGUAUCGGAGCUGGAGGCCUCCAGGAUGAUCCUCGUCACCAAGCCCCAGAAGGCGGCGCCGGACUCUUGGGCUGGCUCCCCGAUGUUCCUGGAGCUGAAGGGGAUCUGUGUGACCCUGGGCAUGUCCAAGCCUCCCGCCAACAUCACCAUGUUCCAGUUCUUCAGUGGAAUAGAGAAGAAGCUAAAGGAAGCCGCCGCCAAGGUCCCUGACACCCAUAUAGGAGACCCUCUGAUGAAGAAAACACUUGGACCUUUUCACUGGGACAAAGUUGAAGCCCUAAACCAAGCGCUGGUGAAUGAGUACGAAGUGAGACGGAAGAUGCUGCUGAAACGACUUGACGUUACCGUUCAGUCCUUCGGUUGGUCUGAAAGAGCCAAGAACCAUGCAGAGAGGAUGAAGAAGGUGUACCACCCUCUUCGCGCCGCUCUCAGCUUCCAUAGCAAGGUGUCGGUCGGUCACCUGUUCGCCGCCAGGGAAGAUCUGUCCAAGAUACACCGUACCAGCAGUGGCAAGAUACGGGAGAAGACGGCUUGUGCCAUUAAUAAGGUCCUGAUGGGUCGUGUGCCGGACCGGGGGGGUCGACCCUGUGAGAUCCAGGCCCCUCCCCCAGAGAUGCCCUCUUGGCAGAAGCGUCAGGACGGGCCCCAGGGUGGAGGGGGAAGCUAUGGAGGUUCAGGUGGUGGUCGAGGGGGCAGGGGGGGCUAUGACCAGGGGGGGCGCGGAGGCUACGAAAGGGGGGGAGGAGGAGGGGGCUACGGGGACAGAGACAGAGGGGGCCGUGUUGGUGGUAGGGGGGGCAGGGACGGAGGCGGUGGGGGAGGAAGGGGGGGCUACAACCAAGGUCACUAUCAAGAUGGCAGUCAGCAGGGUGGUGGCCCCCGAGGAGGCUAUGGAGGAGGAGGAGGAGGAGGCUACCAAGGAGGCCACCAGGAGCCUGCCUACCAAGGAGGAGCGGGCGGUUACUACGACAACCACCAACACCAAGAUGGAGGCCGGCACCAGGAGAGAGGCAGUGGCCGGGGUGGACGAGGAGGAGGAGGAGGAGGAGGUGGUGGCAGGGGGAGGGGUGGUCCUCGAGGAGCUGGUGGUGCUGGUGGUGGUGGUGGAGGAGGAGGAGGAGGCUGGGGGGGGAGAGGUGGACAGAAUGUGAACCAAGGCGGACAAUUUGAACAGUUCUUUCAACAGGGUGGGCAGCAGUAUGGCCAGUCUGGCUUCAGUCAAGGCCGAAAUUACACCAGCUGAGGGAGCUGUUUAGAACUGCACAGCUCAUGGUGUGAAAGGCCUCCUCGGAGUGAAUAUAAAUAAACGAACAAAGUUGUCAAGAGUUUGAAUGCACAGCUGCUCAUAAUGUGGUAAAUAGUCCACUCACCGAAGCCUUUUGUUGGACCGGGAACAACUACUGAGCAUCUUGUGGAGGGUUAUCUUCACAAUACUGGGUAGUGUGGUGUGCUUUCUCCACAUGAAGAAUCUGCCAAAACAUUGGUUCUAGUUGCACUCUGCUAUCAUGACCUCAGCCUCACACUAAGUCAGCCUUAUCUUUGAGAUUUGUUUGAAAAGGGAAGAAAAAUGCCAUGUUCAAACGUUGUUCAUAUGCAUUUUGUAUGACAUGUCAACGUUGGCAGUAUCGGACAGUCCAAUCGCCUACUUAUUACCAGUCAAAAUAUUUUUAUUUUAGGGGAUUAGACUGUUUUUUUCCGUUAUUUAAUGUUUUCCAACUGUUACUGACGAUGGAAGAAAAAAAAAUGUAAAUACUAUUUUGGAUGUGGGGAAGUGUGGUAGUUUUUGAAUGAAAUGAGCAAUAAAGUGUGAAAAUGAACCAUUUUGUUUGCCCUUAUUUAAUAUUAAAUAGAUCAAUUAUUAAUGUUAUAUUCGUUAUUUUAGA